AUGGAUUAUGUCAGGUCGAAAGUUCUUCGAAGAGGAACCCCGGCGGGUGAACAGGAGACAGACCUGGAGCAUGGGCAUCCUAGAAAUGGGCAACAGAUGCAAGAGCAAGAGCAAAGCCCAGGUCGGGCACGGCGGUUCGUUCUUGGUCGGCCUCAACUACCAUCCGUUUUCUCGGGACAACCAAGGCAUGCCAUCAGGCUGCAGCGGUCGCCUACGAAUCGGGAUGAUGAGGAUGGCCCAAAGACGAGGAGGUUUCGCGUUGGGUUGCCGAAUCUCUCCCGUACUGGGACACGAAGCGAACAAAAUCAGUCGUCUUCUCAUGACAGUUCGUCAGUAGACUCUGAUGAAACUGAGUCACGGCCUUCACUUCAGCGUUCACGAACAGAGCGUUUUCCGGUUGUAGUUGAACCUCAACUAGCCCAUUCUCGCAGAGACUCUACCAGUGGCCGCAGUAGGCGGUCUUUUAGAGGUGCCGAUCCAGCAGAAAUGCACCUUGCGGACCUCGCUGAGACUGGGAGACGGAGAAGGCGUCGCAAUGGUUCAACUGGAACCCAACAACGAGGGCAACCUAAACGGUUCCUCUAUUGUUUUCCAUGGAUCAAGAGCCGGCGAGUUCGAUCGCAAGUGCUUAGAUGUUUCGUCUUAGGCAUGUUCCUAUCGCUGAUGCUAAUAAUAUACCUUGCGCUCAGCGUCACCAAGAACAUCAACAACAGCGAAUUUACUAUCCUACUCAUAUUAGUCAUUCUCUUCGCUACGAUCGUGUUUUGUCACGGUCUCAUCCGACUAUGUAUGAUUGUUAUGCGCCCGAAAUCACCAGAUGAUGAAGAACGUGCACGCCUACCAGAGAUGAUGGGACCCGGUGGUUAUGCCGUCCCAAAACGGCCAAUUCGCGUGUUAUUGGCGCGAGAUGAGGAAGCAGCUGGCCUGGAAAGCGAGACAACGAAAGUACACCCUCCAGCUUACGGUCUAUGGAGGGAGAGCGUGCGCGUCGAUCCGAAUCGCAUCUACUGGCAGCGGAAUGAUCAGGAACCAGUACCACUCGGGAACGCAGCAUCCAGGCCAGCUACUGCUAACCGCCCGCCCUCUUAUGCGUCGGAUGAUGGCGUGGACUACGUGGUCGAGGCACGGCCUAGAUCAAUGGCGCCCUUGAGCGAUGCGACUCUUUCCACUUCCGGGGUGCCUCUACCCACGCACCCGUCCGAGGCUGGGAGAAUAGGGCAAGGUACAAAUUUCUGA